GUACGAUCUAACAGACCUGCAAGAAACCCAAGGAUAUAUGUUUAUGUCAAUGGAACCCUCCAAAUUAAGGCCAUAACUCCAGCAGACAAUGGGAAAUAUGAAUGUAUUGCUACCAGUUCAACUGGCUCAGAGAGAAGGGUAGUGACACUGAUUGUUGAAAAACAAGAGUCUGCCCCUUAUAUAGUGAAGACAUCACAGCGCAUGACAGAGCUGUUCUUUGGGGACCAGCUGAUACUUAACUGUUCGGCUACAGGAGAUCCAAAGCCCAGGAUCAUGUGGAGACUGCCAUCUAAAGCUGUGGUUGAUCAGUGGCACAGGAUGGGCAACAGAAUUCAGGUCCUGGAUAAUGGUACACUUAUUGUGAACACUGUCAGCAAUAAAGAUGCAGGAGACUAUCUCUGUGUGGCACGAAGCAAAAUGGGAGAUGCCCUUCAACUCAUGAUGGUCCAUGUGACCAUGAAGCCAGCCAAGAUAGAACCUAAGCUCAAUGGAAAGAAGCAGGUAACCUAUGGUUAUGACCUGAAGGUUGACUGUAAAGCCUCAGGAGCCCCAAAGCCAGAGAUUUCCUGGGGUUUACCAGAUGGUACAGUGGUCAAUAGUGCUCUUCAGUCUGAUGCCAGCAGUGGAGGGGGACGAGCACGCCGCUACACACUUUUUGACAAUGGAACCCUUUACGUAAACCAGGUUGGUAUGUCAGAGGAGGGGGACUACACCUGCUAUGCUGAAAACCAGGGAGGCAAGGAUGAAAUGCAUGUGCAUAUCAGUGUGAUGACUGCUCCCCCCAGAAUUCAUCCAUCCAGCCAGACCUAUGCAAGAGUCAAGCCUGGAGGGAACAUCCGCUUUGACUGUGAAGCACUUGGGGAACCAAGACCCAAGAUCCUGUGGAUGCUGCCAAACAACGAUGUGAUUGGAGCAUCUAAUGAUCGCUACCUCAUGCAUGUCAAUGGCUCUCUGGAUAUAAGGGCUGUGAAGCUUAUCGAUGCUGGGGAGUAUGUUUGUAUAGCUCGCAACCUUGCUGGAGACAAAAGAAAAGUCUACAAGCUUGAUUUAGAUGGGAAUCCGCCAAUGAUUAAUGGCUACAGGCAAAAUAGGACCGUGAUCAAAGAUGUUGCAGCUAAAUUCUCCAGGAAAUUAAUAGACUGUAAGGCUGAGGGUAAUCCCACUCCUAGUAUCACAUGGAUUAUGCCAGAUAACAUCUUUCUGAAAGCACCGUACUUCGGCAGUAGAAUUAAUGUUCACCAAAAUGGGACUUUAGAGAUUCGCAACGUGCGCCCAACUGAUACAGCAGAGUUCAUUUGCAUGGCAAGGAAUGAUGGAGGAGAGGCAGUAAUGGUGGUGCAGCUGGAGGUUACUAGUAUGCUACGAAGGCCGAUCUUCAAAAACCCAUUCAACGAGCGCAUUGUGUCUCGGUUUGGGAAAACCAUAGUUCUGAACUGCUCUGCUGAUGGACAACCGACACCAGAGAUAAUAUGGACUUUCCCUAAUGGCACGCGAGUUACUAGUGAACAUCACCAUGACUCUCAACACCGCCUAGGCAAUAAUGGAACUUUAGUCAUCUAUAACCCUCGCAAAGAGGAUGCUGGGAAGUACCGCUGUGGUGCCAAGAAUUUCAUGGGAUACAUAGAGAAACUAAUAAUUUUGGAUGUUGGCCAGAAGCCUUACAUCUUGACAAGGCCUCGAGGCAUCAUACGCAGUAUGUCUGGAGAACCACUCUUCCUUCACUGUCUAUCUGAUGGGAAUCCUAAACCCGGAAUCUACUGGACAAUUCCUGGUGGCCACACUCUUACUCGGCCCCAAGUCUUUGGGCGCUACCAGUUACUUGAGAAUGGUACCUUGGUUGUUCAGGAUACUACUCUCCAUGACCGAGGAAAUUACAUCUGUAGAGCUCAGAAUGAUGCUGGGGAGGCAGUGCUCUCUGUCCCAGUUAUUAUCAUUGCCUACCCUCCACGGAUCUCUACAGCUCCACCCCCCAAUGUGAAGGCAGUUACUGGGACAUCUAUCCAGCUUAACUGUGCUGCCAUUGGGAUCCCCAAGCCAGAGAUCACCUGGGAGCUCCCUGAUAAUUCAGUUCUGUCUGCAGCAGGACAGGGCAGGCAUUUGGGUAGUGAACUGCUCCAUCCUCAGGGCACACUUAUCAUUCAGAGACCUACAGCCUCAGACUCAGGCACAUACAAGUGCCUUGCGAAGAACAGCGUGGGCACAGACUUCAAAGUUACAUAUGUACAUGUACUGUGAAAAGACUAUAUGCAAGGAGGACAGAGAUAUAAGCAAAUGUACAUGUAACAUUAACAAACUGUCACUUGUGUUUGUGAGAUACUUGUUUUCAACCAUGUGGAUUUUCAAGGAACACUGGGAGGGAUUUUUUUUGUGACAAUUGUGGAUUUAAAAAAUAAACAGCACAAGGACAGACAUGAAACAGAAAUUCUAAAUGUGAUAAAUGUUUAUCUUAAAAUCGGAAGAACCCCAACCUGAAAACAGAAAGUUAUAAUUUCAACUUUGCUCCACUGGCCUGGAAAUUCAAAGGUGGUUCUAAUGUGGGUUGUGUCUCAAUGGAGCAAGACAGUCAGUGCAAAGAGUAAAACAAAAGGUGAUUUCUCUGACCAGACAUUGCUGGCUAUAUUUAGGGAUACUAUUACUACAUGUAAUGAAACUUCACAGAGAAAGACUGUGAGACAGGGAGAAAGACUGUGCAACAGAUUGAUUGAAAGAAAUUAGGCUCCCAAAAGGGUUUUAAAUGGCUUCACAUAUUGGCUGAAGUUGUAGUCAAAAUGUGUUGCUUUGUUCUUUUACAGCUAAAGAAAAGAAAGCAUGCAAACUUAGAGUAAUAAUGUUUGAGAGCAAUUCAUAAAAUUUCAUGAUAACAGAAAAUAGGUUUAUUUAAAAAAUAUAUUUCUUAUACACUGGAUACAUCUGCAUUGGCAGUUCCUUUCCUUUCAUAUCACAAGUACAUCAGAUUAUUUUUACUUUUGAUGACAGUGUGAAGCAGAAUCAUUUAUUUCCAUCCGCUAUCCAUUUAUAAAACAAAAUAAGGCACUAUCAGUCCAUUGUGUUGUACACAAGAAUUAACAGUAAUGUUAUACAUUAAUCCAAUCUGUUGUAAUACAGUAUUUGUAUAUCUAUUUGUUGUAUCUACUCUAUUGAAGUAUGGGACAAUAAAUGAAAAAAGCAAAGAUAGUUUAAAUCUUUUUUUUAUUUUUCUAUGUUGUCCUUAAUACACAAAAACCUCAUAUGAGACAUGUAUUUGAAAUAAAGCAUAUUACUGUUCAGAGAA